AUGCAAAUGGCUAGGUUACGAUUACGAGCAUGUGAUGAAGAAGGUGUUCAAAUUGUUGUUGAAACAGCCAUUGGACUUGGAGUCUUUUCUGGUGAAGAUAUUGGAGUUGAUGAAACAGUACAGAUAACCUCUGCGAUAGCCAUUCGAGCAGUACUCGAACAAGAUGGACCUAGUUAUAAAAAUAUUCGUGGAAUAAUAUUUGCUUUACCAAUUAUCGAUGUAGACAAGAAUUUCAUAAGCACUGGUGACACUUUUAGUGAGUUUAUUGAACAUUUCCAGGAACCGCCGUAUAAUGGUCCUAUACCUGUAAUGAUUGCUGACCAAGAUAUGCAUCGAUUGACAGUAGCUAUUGCUCGUCGUGGUUUUAUUGUUUCUGAAUUAAAUCCUGCUGAUUCACAUGGUGUUUUCGGUGAAUAUUGGCAAAAUCGAGGACCAGCUGUAGAAGAAAAACUGGCUUUGACAACAGUCGGUUUACUCGUACAACAUCAUCUUAUUAAUAAAGAAGUUCUUAAUGAAAAUAACUAUUAUAUCAUAUAA